AUGGGCGUUGCAUUUCAGUCCUUUGACCACCACGAGGCCAUGCAGAAAAAGACACCACUCGAAUUGACGUCCAGAAACGCUAUGGAGUGCUGGAGCCACGAACUGCAGCCAACGGUCGCUACCGCAAGACUCGCAGUCAUGACGUGUCCACUGCUGUCGCUACGAACUUGCGUGGACAAGAGGAUAAGUGUAUGCUGGUUAGCAGAGAGCAGCAAGCGCUGCCAGCGGAACGUCUCAGAUGAGAAAGUCCAUCAUAUGUCGCUUAAACGUGCAUGCAGCGUGAUUGUGUCGCCGAGUCGGCACGUAAAACGCCAACGAAUAUCUUUCAGUCAUAGUGACGUGUCACGUCGUUGCGAAACCGACCAGAAGGAUGUAAAGAUGGUGGUUGGCUCACCCCGGUCUUUGCAGUACGCGCUACCAGGCUUGUCGAGCCAUGAUACCCAGCACGUGCUACAUGCAAUGCGAGUUCUACCCAGCGAACUGCGUCAUUUGAAUGGUAACGCUAGUCGGAGCCGACUACGGCAACGCUGCAAAGUACGUCAAGUCCUUGGUUGGCGACAUUUGCUUUGUCAAGAAGAAGAGGAUGAAGAAUCAGCCAGCCGUGUCGUCUGGAAAAGUGCUAAGGCUCUCGACGCUGUUAAAAUGCGACCGUUGGCUCGCCGGAUCUGGAAUGCUAGCACAAUGGCUGCCAAUGGGCUCAGGAACGACGAUGAGAGGGGGACAGUGCUUUACACUGUCAACCAUAUUUGCCGUGUUGUUUACUCGACAAAGCAGCUAUAUGGUGACCCUAGUCGCAUUCGUGAUAAGGUAUGGAUCGAGUGCUUCCUAGACGACGGACUGCAGAUCUGUGUGGCCCGCAAAGAGCUUCGACAAUUUGGCGAGUACCACGCACCGCAAGUGUCGGUCACCGAGUGCCAAGGAUACCUGGUGCGACCAAUGUACACAAGAUCUAUUAAGGCUCGUUUAGUCGGCUGCUCACUGCAGUGCCUCAGGGCGGUGGCUGCUCGCGAUUGUGGCGUCCGGUCCGUUCCCGCUCUAAAACAGCAAAUGAUCAGUGACCUCCCCAUGCUCACACAGCAGUGCGAAGAAGACUAUGUCCAUGACCUCGUACAGCAUCGCAAGUGCUCCUGA